CUGACACCGUCAAAUGCGACCCUCCGCCAUCACUCCAUACGGACGUUUGCCUAGUUGCCUCUUUGCGCAGCCUUGCAAGCUCAUAAGCUUGCGCUAAUCUCCAUGAUGUUGUCGAAGUGGAUCAACUGCGAAUUUCUCCUUCAUCGUAUUUAGAACUUGUGCGACGCCGCAUUGUCCCCUUACUAUGUCCAAGCAACCGUCACCCAUAUUUGCGGAUACCUACCAGGUGUUUACGUACAUACAACAUAACUUGUCGGAAACAGUUUUUCGAGGCGAGAGGCAGAAGUUCCUGCCAAAAUCAGCGCUCGAUAAUGUUACCAAGAAGGACACAAUCAAGCUCGUAGCUUCCGAGGAUGAAAGUCUAUUUCUUGAGGAAAAGGAUCUGGACGAAUUUGUGGAACAUGUGGGCAGGGAUGGCCCAAGAUUGUUUGCGACCUGUGUACGGGCUGACUUACCGAUGUCCUGCGUCCUUCUCUUGCUCAACAAAGGUUUCACAGAUGCAGACAUGCCAUUGAGCGAAGACGAUUGUCCCGGUCCCCGACUUCGAAAGCGAUUUGUCAGCAGCUUUGUACCAAAUCAGUCUCUGUUUAACACUGCAUACUUUGACUUGGAUACCAUACAAAUUCUUGACAACCUCACGAAGCCUAUUGCUUUCGAUGAGAGCAAGUCACUUGGCAAAGGCGCCUUCGGUACAGUUUUUACCAUCGAAAUCCACCCGGAACAUAGAUCGUUCCCAAGUGGCAAUCGCAAGGAUGAGUUUGCGAUGAAGGUAACAGAUUACGAAGGAACCCGCGAACUACCCUAUCAUCGCGCUAUGGCAAGCUUAUCUCACGUGCACCUUCUGAAAUGUCUUACCAGCUUCAUUUUCAGUUCGAAGUACCAUAUGAUCUACGAGAAGGCCGACUGCAACCUCGAGGAAUUUAUGGCAAAGCAUCAGAAUGCCUCCGGCGUGCGAUCGCUGCGUGCUCAAGACCUCGCGCAACAACUCUCGGGGAUCGUUGGGGCUCUGUCUGUCAUCCACAAUCAGUCGCCACCCGAUGAAGAUGCGAACCGAUUAGGUAUUCCCCAGCAGGAGUCCCAGAAGUCCGGCUACAUUCAUGACAUCAAGACGGACAACCUGCUUUUGUUCAAGUAUAUCCAAGAUGGGAAGGAUAUCUAUUGGUUCAGGCUCUCAGACUUCUCAUGCGCUAAAGUCGUCGAGUUCGUUGCGACCGUGAGUGGUCUGCACAGGCAAAGCUGGCAAAGCACCAGCAAGUCAGGCACCCCAAUCUACAGAGCGCCAGAGUCUAUGACUCAGGGUAAGACCUCUCGUCCGUAUGACUUGUGGUCACUCGGCUGUGUCUUCCUUGAGGUUUUGGUCUGGUUCAUUGAGGGGUACAAAGCCUUGGAGGACUUCCGUGAGCAGCGAUUCCGAUCGGUCAAACCCAACGGCAUCGAGGAUCAUGGGUUCUACUACACAGAUGAGGUUGGGCCCAAUCCGAGAGUGCAACUACGGCAGCCGGUGAUCCAACGGAUCAGCGCCAUUACCAGACGCUGUGACGGGCAUCUGCAAGUCAUUGCCAAGGUCAUUCCGCAGAUGCUCGAGAUCGAACCAAAGAAACGCAUCACCGCUGAGCAACUGCUCAAACGCCUGAGAAUCGUCGGCGAGGCUGCACCACUGCCUAUCCAAGUUGCGUCAACUAGAACCUUCGACUUGACGCCCUUGAAAGACAGUCUGUCACUGCCUCCGACAUAUGUGUCCGAUUCUGAUUCAGACUUCGGUGGUGUUGUCAAGGUCCAGCGACCGACUGAUGAACGAUGA